UUAGUGUCACAGUUGAGUUCAGCGCUAGCUUGAGUUGUGCAUCACGAAGCUCCCAAAAACUCGACGAAAAACACCAUAAAUCAUAAAACUCGACAAUAUUAACGCUCCCUUGCGUUGCUCGCUUUCAAAACACCUCAGGCGAAGCUGCGCGCGGCUUCCGCGAGGUGAAAAAAAAAAAAGCGGAGCGAAGGCCGAGGAGGGCGUGACGCGCGGCCCGAGAAGGCUCGCUCGCAAGCGGGCAAAAGAGGCGACGACGAGCGGGCUAUGCGCCGGUUCAAGCCAGACGUCAAGAAGAAGAAAAGCCAGAAAAUUGUCAAAAGGUAGACUGCAGGGGAGACGCUGAAAAGUCCUCUUUGUUGAGGAUGUGAACAAGGGAAGCACCUUGACUUGAAGAGAAGAUGAUGCUCUCCAGGGAGACGUGCGGGCGAGAAGCCCGGAAGGGUGACGCGCAGCCCCGCGGCGAGAAGCGCAAGAGUAGCGGCGGCUUGACCAGGGGACGCAAGAAGCAAAGGCAGGAUGAUCUUCAGAGGCCCACUUUGCUGCGCCUCCGGCCCAUCAACGUCAAAGGCAACCGAGCUCGGGGCAUGCGCGCCCCCAAGAACACCAACCAGUUCCUCAUGCACGAGAAGUACCAGAUGAUGCACAUGCGUUCCGAUUCGGUGGGCAGCGACACCGGGGGAAGCUGCUCCGAUAGCGACUCGGAGCUCACCGACAUGGACUCGUACCUGGGCGCCCUGGAGAACGCCAGAGGAGCCCUGCCAGACGGUCCUGAUCCAGCACCAGAACCGCCGAGCGGGACGCGGCAGGACCAGGAGGUCCAACAUGAGGACAGCAUGCAGUACUUUCCGUCCGAGGACGACCUUUUGCAGAGCCACAACUUCAUGCAACGGGACUUUGCGCAGUUUUGUGACUUUUUGACGUCGUAAAAAAAUGGCAGGUUAGGGAUGACGUCAUUUGGUAAUCGUCGAAGAAAAGUAUCAUUUGUUUUUGUAUGUUAAAUUUCCAGUUGAGAGUUUAUGUGAUGAAUAAAUUCGAUUAAAAUGAAGUUCGGGUUUGGGGUUUUUUGUUGUUGAAAACUUGCCUAUUUGCAGUUUUAUAUGGUAAUUUUUUCAAAUUACCAAAAAUAUGUGGUUGCCAGGUCUCAAUUAUAAUUAUUUAAUUAUCAAUUUUUAUGAAUGAACAAAAUGAUAAAUAUUAACUACGACAAAUUUGAUUUUAAAAAAAAUCAACGGGAAGUGAUCUGGAAAUGCCUCAAAAUCAACAAGUGACCCAGAUGUGCUGAAAUUUUCUUUUUUUUUUAACUCACCAGAAGUGACCCAGAAUCAACAGGAAGUGACCCGGAAUUGCCCCAAAAUCAACAGGAAAUGACUCAAAUAUUCCCCAAAAUCAGAAUGAAGUGACCCAAUGUGAACCGGAAAUGACCCGGAAGUGCCUCAAAUUCAACGAGUGACCCAGAUGUGCAAAAAAAAAAAAAAAAAAAAAUCAACCAGAAGUGACCCAAAAUCAAAAGGGUGUGACCUGGAACUGCCCCAAAAUCAAGUUGUUGUUUUUUUAAUUACCAAAAAUAUGUGAAUGCGGGGUUUCAAUUAUAAUUAUUUUUUAAUUAUUUAUCAGUUUUUAUGAAUGACCAAAAUAAUAAACGAAUAGAAUGUUAACAAAGACAAAAUUGAUUAAAAAAAAAAAAAAAAAUCCAAAAUAAACAUGAAGUGACUCAUGUAUUCCCAAAAUCAACAGGAAGUGACUCAAAACAUUCCCGAAAAUCAGAAUAAAGUGAGACGAUUUGAACAGGAUGCGACCCGGAAAUGUCUCAAAAUCAAAUUACCCAGAUAUGUUAUCAAAAAUUCAACCAGAAGUGACACAAAAUAAACAGGAAGUGACUCAAUUAUUGCCCAAAAAUCAGAAUGAAGUCAAAAUCAACAAGCAACCUGAUCAUGCUAGAAACAAAAAUCAGCAAGAAGUGACCUGACAUGAACAGGAAGUUACCCAGAAAUGGCUCAAAUUCAACAAGUGACCAAGAUAUGCUUAAAAAAUAAUCACACCAGUAGUGACCCCAAAUUAACAAGUGACGCGGAUAUGUCAAAAAAUAUAUAUGCUAUAAAAAAUUUAAAAAUUCUACUGAAGGUGGCCCAAAAUCGACAGGAAAUGACCCGGAAUUGCCCCUAAAUCAACAGGAAAUGACUCAAAUAUUCUUCAAAAUCAGAAUGAAGUGACCCAAUAUGAACAGGAAGUGACCCAGAAAUGCCUCAAUCAACGAGUGGCCCAGAUGUUUCAAAAAAUCAACCAGAAGUGACCCAAAAUACACAGGAAGUGAUCCGGAAAUGCCUCAAAAUCAACAAGUGACCCGGAUAUGCUGAAUUUUUUUUUAAAAAAUUCAACCAGAAGCGACCCAAAAUCAACAGGAAGUGACCCAGGAUUGCCCCUAAAUCAACAGGAAAUGACUCAAACAUUCCCCAAAAUCAGAAUGAAGUGACCCAAUAUGAACAGCAAAUGACCCGGAAAUGCCUCAAAAUCAAAAAGUGACCUGGAUAUGCUAAAAAAAAAAUCAAUUCAAAUGGAGGUGGCCCAAAAUCGACAGCAAGAGACCUGGAAUUAACCCUAAAUACACAGGAAAUGACUCAAAUAUUCUUCAAAAUCAGAAUGAAGUGACCCAAUAUGAACAGGAAGUGACCCAGAAAUGCCUCAAAAUCAACGAGUGGCCCAGAUGUUUCAAAAAAUCAACCAGAAGUGACCCAAAAUACACAGGAAGUGAUCCGGAAAUGCCUCAAAAUCAACAAGUGACCCGGAUAUGCUGAAUUUUUUUGAAAAUUCAACCAGAAGCGACCCAAAAUAAACAGGAAGUGACCCGGAAUUGCCCCAAAACCAACAGGAAAUGACUCAGAUAUUCCCCAAAAUCAGUAUGAAGUGACCCGAAUAUGCUAAACUAAAAUCAACUGGAAGUGACCUGACAUGAACAGGAAGUUACCCAGAAAUGGCUCAAAUUCAAGAAGUGACCAAGAUAUGCUAAAAAAAAAAAACAAUCACACUAGUAGUGACCCCCAAAUUAACAAGUGACCCGGAUAUGUUAAAAAAAAAAAAAAAAAAAGCUAAAAAAAUAAAGAAACUCAACUGGAGGUGGCCCCAAAUUAACAGGAAAUAACUCAAAUAUUCCCCAAAAUUGGAAUGAAGUGACCCAAUAUGAACAGGAAAUGACCUGGAAAUGCCUCAAAAUCAAAAAGUGACCUGGAUAUUAGGGUUGUGACAAAAUAUCAAAAUGGUGAUAUAUCGUGAUACUUUGUAUCCCAAAAGGUUAUCGAUAUGCUCCUGCCAAGAAUCGAGAUAUCGUUUUAAAAAGGUGUCAAUGUUUACUGAGGGAAUUUUGAUGUCUUCUCCAGGCAAUCAUCUUUGUAAAUCUCACUGGAACGGCACCAAACAAAAGUUACAGCAUCAUCACCUUGUCAAGAAUCUGCAUUGGACAAGGUGU